CUCUUUAAGCCAGUUACCUGAGCCUGCCCUAGAAACAUGGCGGAGUCUGGAGGAGGGGAGUUCAUCUCGGCCCGGCAGAGCAGCAUGGCUGAUAAGAACAGCAUUGUGAAGUGUACCUUCUCGGCUCCAGGUCACAGUACAACGCUCCUGCAGGGACUGACAGCACUACGUGCUCAGGGCCAGUUGCUUGAUGUUAUUCUUACAAUAAACAAUGAAGUGUUUCAAGUGCACAAAGUGGUUCUGGCUGCUUGCAGUGAUUACUUCAGGGCAAUGUUUACUGGUGGUAUGAGGGAAACUAAUCAAGAUAUUAUUGAAUUAAAAGGAGUGUCUUCUAGAGGACUACGACACAUAAUUGACUUUGCAUAUAGCGCUGAAGUCACACUUGAUCUAGACUGUAUUCAUGAUGUCUUGGGAGCUGCAGUCUUCCUCCAGAUGGUUCCAGUUGUUGAACUCUGCGAAGAGUUCCUGAAAUCUGCCAUGAGUGUUGAAACUUGUUUAAAUAUUGGCCAAAUGGCUACAACAUUUAGUCUGGCAUCUCUCAAGGAAUCAGUGGAUUUAUUUACAUUCAAACACUUUCUUAAGAUUUCUGAAGAAGAAGAUUUUCUUCAUUUACCUUUGGAGAGAUUAGUUUUUUUCCUUCAAAGCAACAAGUUAAAAAAUUGUAGUGAAAUAGAUUUAUUUUGUGCCGCAAUUCGGUGGCUGCAGUUUGAUUACACCCGCCGUGCAACUGCUAGUCAAGUUCUUUGCUAUAUUCGCUUUCCAUUGAUGAAGUCAUCGGAAUUGGUAGACAGUGUUCAGACCGUAGAUAUUAUGGUGGAAGAUGUACUGUGCAGGCAAUAUCUUCUUGAAGCUUUCAACUACCAAAUACUCCCCUUCCGGCAACAUGAAAUGCAGUCUCCAAGGACCGUAAUUCGGUCAGAUGUUACCUCACUUAUAACUUUUGGUGGUACACCUUAUACAGAUAAUGACCGAACUGUAAGCAGCAAAGUUUAUUACUUACCAGAUGUUUGUGCUCGUCAGUUCAAAGAUCUGAAUGAAAUGGAGGUGGGCUGUAGCCAUGCCUGUGUUGCAGUGCUGGAUAAUUUUCUGUAUGUGGUAGGUGGGCAACAUUUGCAGUACAGAAGUGGUGAAGGAGCUGUAGAUGUCUGUUUCCGCUAUGAUCCCCACUUAAAUCAGUGGCUCCGUAUUCAAGCUAUGCAAGAGAGCAGAAUUCAAUUCCAGUUACACGUACUCUAUGGGAUGUUAUAUGCCACAGGAGGGCGUAAUAGAUCGGGCAGUUUAUCAUCCGUAGAAUGUUACUGUCCUAAAAGGAAUGAAUGGAAUUAUGUAUGUUCGCUUAAACGUAGAACAUGGGGUCAUGCUGGGGCAACACUCGAUGGCAAGCUUUAUAUAUCCGGUGGCUAUGGUAUAUCAGUUGAAGACAAAAAAGCUCUACAUUGUUAUGAUCCAUCAGUAGAUCAAUGGGAGUUCAAAACCCCAAUGAAUGAACCAAGAGUCCUUCAUGCAAUGGUUGGGACAAAAGCCAGAAUAUAUGCUCUUGGUGGACGGAUGGAUCAUGUUGAUCGAUGUUUUGAUGUGCUAGCUGUUGAAUACUAUACUCCAGAAACGGACACAUGGACAACAGUGAGUCCGAUGAGAGCUGGGCAGUCUGAAGCAGGGUGCUGUUUGUUGGAUAAGAAGAUUUUUGUUGUAGGUGGCUACAACUGGCAUUUAAACAAUGUGACCAGUAUUGUACAGGUGUACAAUGUGGAAACUGAUGAGUGGGAAAGGGAUUUACACUUUCCAGAAUCAUUUGCUGGCAUAGCUUGCGUGCCUGUUACCUUGCCACAAGUUACUACUCAGAGGUAACUGAGUAUCACUUUUUUUUUAGAAAGCGGACCUACAUUUCAAUUGACUUUAAGUUUAUUUUCUAGAUCUGCAAUUUUAAUUUUUUUUUUUACAUGGCUUAGAAAGGAAAACAACAUUUAAUUUGGGAAAAAAUAAUAUAGCAUAGAUCCUGUUCAGUAAGAGUUUUGAGAUCAAUCCAGGGAUGUUUCUUUUUUAGAUGUGGUAUUUAUUGAAAAUGUAUAUGUACAUUAUUUGAUACAACAUUUUAAAAUUAGAUUAACAGCAAUAAGAGAAAUCUAUGGGAAAAAUGUGUACACAUUCACAUCUUUGUUUCCCCAAGGCCAUCACCUACCUCUUUAAUUCAUAUGAUGUAAGGUCUUCCUGGCAUUCUAUUUUUCAGUUUUUUCAGGUCGGUACUUUAAUACUGUGGUAUUUAUUGCACAAUUAAAUUAAGGCAAAAAAAUGGUAAUUUUAAUGUAGAAAUUAAUACAAAUAUUUGCUCUUGAGUAUUAAGUUUACAUAUA